AUGAACCGACGGCUGAACCUUGAUAUACCCCAAAACAAUACAUUUUUGUUACAACAAGACAUAUUGGCAGCCGCUCAUCAUUUGAUUGGAUUGCAAGUUGGAAUGGGUACCAGACCGUCGAGGUUAAUCCCGAGACUGAAAGGGCGGAAAGAGCAAGCCGGGGGCCAACUCCCGAAAUGGAAGAAAACCAAGAAGGGAAUAAAAUCUUAUCAGCAAGCCACCAGCAUUAUAUCCUUCAACUUUUCCCUCAAAGACGACUCCCUUGUCCAGAGCCCAUCAACUGGACUCGUGCUGCUGCCAUUUGAAACCGACACUUUUAAAGCGCUAAGCGAAGCUGCCCUCCUCUUGUUUGAAGGGAAGUUGCAGAAGAGGUUUAUUAGGGGGUUAUCAUAUUUGCAGUCGGAGUUCGAAAAUUGGGCGAGAAAGGAAAAGCCGCCUGCAACUGAAGGUGCGGUGAGCAAAUGCAUUCUGGGUGUGAAGGUCGAAAUGAAGUGUGGUUUGGGGCCAAAAGGCUAA